CUCGCGCUACGUGUAGCAGACAGCGUGAUUAAAAAUGGCCAAGUCUAAGAACCACACCACACACAACCAAUCUCGCAAGUGGCACAGAAAUGGCAUUAAGAAGCCUCGUUCUCAUCGCUACGAGUCUCUGAAGGGGGUGGAUCCCAAGUUUCUGAGAAACAUGCGCUUUGCCAAGAAACACAACAAGAGAGGAUUGAAGAAGAUCGCCAAGCAACAAGCAGCGAAAUAAACAGAUGUGAAUGAUUUGUCUGUACAGAUGUUGUUUAUACCAUCAACAAUAAAACUUUAGAAAGUG